GUCUCCUCACACAACCAUGACACCUUUCACUCCGGUGCUGCUUCUUCUGGCCCUGGGCCUGGCUGGUUCCAGUGAAAGUGAGACCCAGAAAGGACUGGACUUGGGAGCGCGGCUGGAACAGCUGCAGGAUACGCUGCAGCAAGUGUUCGUUGGGCUUCCGCUGGGCAUCACCUUCUCCCAGCUCAACAAACUAUGCAGCACAAUCGUGGACCUAGGCCUUGUCCAGACAAAGAUUAUACCGGACAUGUCGCGCAUGAGUUUCCUUCUGCGCACUGACGAGUGCCAGAAUGUCAGCAUUCCGCUUACUGAGGCCGAGAAGCUGUGGGAGGCGCCGGGCUUCUACCAGGAUCGGCCCACAGUCAUCUUCAUUACGGGCUGGCGGACGAGCAUUACCGAUUCGAACAGUGGACCAGCUGACAAGGCCUAUAACUGCCGCAACGACACCAAUUUUGUGUUGCUGGAUGCAGCCGACUUCAUCGACACCCUAUACUCGUGGUCGGCCCUGAACACGGAGGUCAUCGGGGCGUAUGUGGCGGAGGCCCUGCUGAAGCUGGACAGAUCCUAUGUGAUCCAGAAAGUGCACUUGGUGGGACACAGCCUGGGGGCGCAGAUUGCGGGAUCGGCAGGCCGCAACUUCAAAAAGUUGUCAGAGGGAGCGACUCUGGCGCGAGUGACGGGCCUGGACCCGGCCAACCCUUGUUUCUACAAAGGCAACGAUCCAAAGGGCGUACGGAGCGGCGAUGCAGAGUUCGUCGACAUCAUACACACGAAUCCCGGCGUUCUGGGCACACCGAAGGUCGUGGGCGACGCUGACUUCUUUGUCCAUGGAGAUUCUCCAUUUCAGACCGGCUGCGGGAUUUUGACGGUCACAAAAGUCCCAUGCUCGCACGAACGUGCCGUCGAAUACUGGACUGAGACUGUGUAUCGCACGAACGGAAAUAGCUUCCUUGGCAAGCACUGCGUUCGGGAAACGGAUCUCUCGGAUGCACGCAAUUGUAAGGAUACGCGGACAGUCAUGGGACACGAUGCCAGUGUCCGUGAGCGUGGGAUCUUCUAUGUGGAUGCUAACGACGAAGAGCCGUUCGGCACAAAUGCAAACCCGGAGGCCUACACCUCAAGCAAUAGCCAGUGCGGAGCCUGUUAGGCCUUCCAGUGGCGUUAAGCAUCAAGUCAAACUGAUUAUAUCCGGCAGUCAACGAGUAUAGGGGUAUGUUAGACGUUUCCGACCCAAUAAAGUAUAUUUAGCAUCAAUA